AUUUAUUUGCAUUAUACAACAAGAGUCAAAGUAAAUGUCCUUUUUGACCAAGUCCAAUCCUGCAGCUUCCAUGUAAUUCUUGAAGAUUAUUACUUGUUUUUGUUUUUACAUAACUCUUCUUGGCCUCUCUAGCUUUUCAGUUUCAAUCACAUGCCAAUUUUGUGUUUGGUAUUACAACUUCCUUCGAGUCUUUGAUUACUGCAACUCCACUUUCAAUAACCAACCAAUUCUUCAAUUGGUCGAAUUUUCUGCUGAAAAUUUUGAUCAUUCUCUCUUUGUGAUGGAAAUUGCAGCUGCUAUUGGAGGUGCUCUUCUAGCACCUGCCUUUGAGUCUUUGUUUAAUAAGUUGGCUUCCAAGGACUUGCUCAAUUAUGCCCGUGAAGGACAGGUGCUGACUGAAAUCAACAAGUGGAAGGAGAGGUUGGAGAGCAUCUACGGCGUUCUUGAGGAUGCAGAGGAGAAGCAGAUGGUGAGCAAGUCGGUGAAGAUGUGGGUAAGCCAGUUGAGGAACCUGGCGUAUGAUUUGGAGGACAUUCUUGAUGAGUUUGAUUUUGAGGCUCGUCGAUCCAAGUUGAAAGCUAAACCUGUGACUGGUUCAAGUAGGGUACGAAAGCUCUUCGUUAAUAGGCGUGCUAUUAAAGUCAGUGAAGAGAUGAUUUCCAAGAUAAAGGGGAUUAGUUCCCGUUUAGAAGAGAUCACUUCACGAAGAAAUCAACUUGAUUUGAGUGAAAGGACCGGUACAUUGAGGGAAAGAAUUCCUACGACGUGCUUGGUGAAUAAUGCCGAGAUUUAUGGGAGGGAGAGAGAUAAGAAGGCGAUUCUUGAACUUUUGAAUUCUGAAUCAAGUGAUAGAAGGGUCGCUCUGAUUUCUAUAGUUGGACUGGGAGGUGUUGGUAAGACAACUCUAGCGCAGCUUAUCUUUAAUGAAGCUGGAAAGAAGUUUGAUUUGACGGCUUGGGUUUCUGUCGGUGAAGAUUUUGACGUGGUUAGACUGACAAAAACAGUUCUUCAGUCGGUUGGUGGAGAUCUUACUUCCAACGAUUUGAAUUCGCUUCAAUUAAACUUGAAGGCAAGCUUGUCAGAGAAGAAGUUUUUUAUGGUUCUAGAUGAUGUUUGGAACGAGAAUUAUGACAAUUGGACAAUCUUUCUUCGCCCCUUUGAGAAUGGGGCAAAAGAAAGUAGAAUUAUCGUCACAACUCGCAAUCUUGGCGUUUCGCGGACGAUGGGUGCUGUUCAAAGUUAUACACUUAGAGUGUUGGAGACUGAUGAUUGCCUGUCUGUGUUUGCCCAUCAUGCUCUUGGAGUAACAAAUUUUGAGGAGCACUUGGAUCUAGAGGCAAUAGGUAAGAAGAUUGUGGAAAGGUGUGAAAGAUUUGUGCGAAAGCGUGCUCAAGGCCUUAUCCUUUGGCCCAGCUAA